CGCCGCCGCCGCCAUGGUGCGCUUCAAGAACAGGUACGUGCUCUGCGAGGUGGUCUCGGAGGACCCGCGGUGCCGGCAGUGCAUCGAGGACCGCGCGCUGGGCCUCGCCGUCAGAGAUGCCAUCGCGCGGGUGCACGGGGACUACGGCCUGGCGUGCUGCUCCAUCUCCUUCACAGUGAAGUACCUGAACGCCUACACCGGGACGGUGCUGCUGCGCUGCCGCAAGGACUCGUACCGGCUGCUGUGCUCCGCGCUGCCCUUCGUGCGCUCCCUGGAGAGCCGCGCCCAGCGCUACCCCUGCUUCCUCAACACCCUGCACGUCGGAGGUACCAUAAGAACAUGUCAAAAAUUUCUGAUUCAGUAUAACACAACACAGCUGCUGAGGUUGUUGCAAAACUGUACAAAUGAAGAGGAAAGACAGUGUAUACAGAAGUCCUUGUUGAGCUGUUCCCUCACAGAAGAGCAGUCUCAGAGUGGAGAUGAGGAGGAGGAUGAUGAUGGCACAGAGACAGACUGAAUGUCACUUGUUACUGUUCACCUCCAUUCUCUACUUGUUUAAUCAAGAUGUGACUGGUUGUCUUCAGUGUUAAGCAGUGCGGGGGACAGGAAAAGCACUUGUUCAUAUUUAGACUUCAUUCCCCAUUCCAAAUAUUCUUUAACAAAUUUUUAAAAAAUAAAACAUGAUUUUACUUAAGUAGGCUACUUGCCUAUUUCACUUCCAGGAGUAAAAACCACUUGCACUCCUGAGGAGUGUAGCAGCUCAACGUGUUCUUUGUGCUGAGGUAGCAGGGAGCUUUAGGCAGCUGGCACAGACAAGGAAUGUAGUUAUUCUCCUUCAGCAUUCAAAAAGCAUUAACAUCUGCUUCUUACCUUAUCUUUAAGUGCACUGUUAGCCACAGGGCUAUUCACUGUUUUGAGUGAGAAAAGCACCAGUUGUGUACACAGGAGCAGAGAGUACAUGGAAUGCAUGGCAGAGCUGCAGGCUCAACUCAUUCCCCCCCCCCAUUAUAAAACUCAUAGGUACAAGUACUGCUUAGAUAUUUAUUAAGUUUACACCAAUCAGUUACAGGAAAGUAGCGUUGCUGGUAUUAUCUCGAAUCCAUAGGAAAACAAGAUACAAUUGAAGAUGCUGUCCCUGUGUGGGAUUGCCCCUGCAGCAGGGACAGCCUGCUUUGCCCGCAUCACUUCCCUUAUCCUAGUGCCUGUGACAUGUGGAGGUGAGUUACACCAGCUCCAGCUAUUCUCUCUUCCCAAUGCAAAGAAAAGUUGACUAUAAAUGUGCAGAGAUAACAGAACACAACAGGUACUGGUUAGACACUUAAGUAGUUACUCCUGUUCCAUAGCUUAAAUGACUUGCUGUAAACACAGUUCACUGCAUAUUUGAAUCUCUUAGUUGCUUUCUCUGCCCUCACCAAUUGUUUUCCCAUGUGCAUUUAAAGUAUUGACAGCAAGGCAUUUUACCACUUUCAGGCAUCUUGUCUUAGUUUCUUUGCAGUCCCCUGACAAGCUGUACUGUCUUUCCAUUGAGUAGGGUUAGUUGUGACCAAGCGUGAAGUCAAGCUGCUUCCAAAGAAUGUUUUGCAGGUGUUUCCUCUGUCCUCCUGUAGCAGUUGGAAGUACUCUUUACCUCCCCCACUCUCCUGUUCUUUCUGGCUUACAGCCACAUGUGACAGACUCUUUGGUACCAGCUUUCCAUGAGACACACGUGAUGCCUGUUGCUCUGAAAUCAAGCACCCAUGUACUGACAUCAGCUUUUUAAACAGCAGCCCAACCACUGACUGCCAAUGGUUUGGAAUACCUAACUCCAAGUGCCUCAGACACUUCCUUGCUCAGAUCAGUGUCAGAGGGACAGAGCACACUGCAGCCUGUGCCACUGGGGCUGAAGACAACAGAAGAUGCUGUCAGUCUCCCUAAGUUCAGUGGUACUUUGUACCAGUGCCCUGCAAUUAAUUCUGCCAGGAGGAAGGUAAAAUUUGGAUCUGUGCAAUGUUCUAGGGCUCCACGCUGCUGUGACAGUUCAGCUACAGCUGAGGAAGGUGCAGUACUGUAAGUGAGUGUGCUAUGAUUUAUUGCAACUGUUGGCCUUGACUGGUACGUUACACCUAAAAUUCAUUUUAUUCAACAAAAUCCACACCACUUAACUCAUUAGCUCAAAUCAAACCACAAGCAGUGCAGAAUGUGACCACCCAAAGA